CCCAAGCAGGGAACCCAGCCUGGAGAGCAACAGGCUUGCAGAGAGGAAAGCAGCGAAAGGAUGAAGCUCUUUCUCCUUGCUCUCUUUGCCUUGGCCCUGUGGGCUCUUCCUGGCUGGGCGGCCAGGAAAAAACCAAAAAGCCCAACCAAGGAUUUGAGUUCCCCCACCUCUCCGGCUGCCCUGAAAGUGCCAACCCAGGCAGCAAAGAGCCAAAAGCAGCUGACGGCCAGUGAGAUCAUCCUGGGAAAAGGUGUGGCAGUGGAAGAGACAACUACAUUUGCAGCAGGAGCAGGAAGUGUGGCAGUGGAAAAAGAGUUGCAACAGAAAGGAGGGAAGUUUUCAGUCCUGAAAAAUAGUGUCUUAAGGGCAAAGGAGCCAACUCUUUCUCUUUUUGACAGCCAAAGCUUGGGAAAAGGAGGUGUGACCAAGAAAGAGGAACUGCCCAAAGUUAGGAAGAAGGUGUUGGGCACUAAGAAAAAUGAGGCCAAGAAUAUUCCUGCCAGAGCAGAAACCAUGGGUUCUGACACAAACGCCAGCCUAAGCCAAGCAGGGGAUUUGAUUCAUCAGACCAAGAAAACAGUGGUGAAGGGACAGGUUGCCUCCCACAAGACAAAGGCCAGAAAAGAAUAUGCUGCCACCACACAUAGAAAUGCAACGAAGUCACAGCAAGGGAAAGUACCAGGCCUUCGGCACAGGAAUGAAAGCCAAGCACUCUCUAGUCCGGCUCGUAAAAACGUUGUACACCUAAAAGACAGAAAGAAGCCCAAGUUUCUCCACAGAAAUGCCAGCUGGACCUUGUUGCAAAAAGAAAACCUUUCCCCGCUAAAGAAUACCAGCAAGACAUCAUCAGGGAAGGAUUAUCUUGCUCAUCACAGAAAUAACAGCCACACUUUGCGACAGAAGGAACAUAACACGCCUAGAAAGAACAGUACUCAGGCGCAGAGAGCCAAAGAGAUUAAGUUUCUCCACAAAAAUGGCAGCCGAACCAUGCCAGGGAAAGACAAUGGUGUACCUUCCAUGAUCACCAGUGGGACAUUGCCAGGACUAAAGCAGGCCACCUUCCAGAAGAAUGCCAGCCAAGCACAGACAUAUAAGAAACCCAUUGUCACUCACAGAAAUGCCAGUCAAGUACCACCCGAGAAAAAACGUGGCACUGUACACAGGAAUAUGAGCUGGAUUGAAGCCAAGAAGGAGCCCAUUCCUUCCCAGAAAAAUGCCAGCUGGACAGUGCCACAGGAAAGGCUCAGGCCUUCACUUAGGAAUGCCAGCCAGGCACUGCCAAGGAAAGGACAUGCCACCCACCAAAGGAAUAUCAGCUGGACUGAGGUCAAUAAGGAGCACAGACCUCUGCCCAAGAAUACUAGCUGGGGCCUGUUGAGGAAGGAGUCCAGCCCUUCCCAGAAAAAUCUCAGCCAGGAAUUGGCAAUGAGAGAACAUCAGGUUCCCCUAAGGGUAGGUGGCCAAGCAGGGGCAAAGAACGUGUCUGGUGCCCCUUUCAGGAAUACCACCCAAAGACAGACUGUAGUGAAAGAACAAGGACGAUCUCGUCAGAACAUCUUCCGAGUUGGAGCGGUCACACCAAGAUGGCGACUCACAGUACCAACAGGAAGGGAUGAGCCCGUGAUGCCGUCCUUGCCGAUGACCUGCCUGCUUUCCGAACAUGCCAUUGCUUGUGGCAAUGCCCGCCUGAAACAUGUACCCAAACUGAACGACUCAGCACUCAAAACCUUGUACCUGGCAGAGAAUGAGAUUACCAAUAUCCCGGCUGGGAUUUUCUUGGGAUUGCCCAAUCUGGAAUGGCUGGAUCUCAGCAAGAACAAGCUGGAUUCUGCAGGCUUGCACCCAGAAGUAUUCAAGAACCUCACCAAGCUAAAGCGUCUGAAUCUAGAUGGGAACCAGCUUACCAUGGUCCCAGCCUUACCUAGUUCACUACAGGAACUAAAGAUGAAUGACAAUAGUUUAGAACGUCUGCAGAGAUACGACUUUCAAGGGCUCUUCAAGCUGCUUACCCUGGAGAUGGAGGGAAACCAAUUGCAUGAUGGAAAUGUGCUCCCUACUGCCUUCAAGUCCCUCAGCCGACUCAUCUAUCUGCGACUGGACCGGAACCACUUCAGGGCGAUCCCAUCUGGUUUGCCUGCAUCCUUGCAGGAGCUCCACCUUGAUUCUAACCACAUUGAGGAAGUACUUGAGAGUGUCCUCAAUAAAACCCUGAAUCUCACAGUGCUGGUUCUGAGCAACAACAAGCUCCGGGAAGAUCGUAUUGCUCCACGUGCCUGGAUAGACCUCCCGAAAUUGGAGGCACUGGAUCUGUCCCACAACCGCUUAGCACUUGUGCCCUCAUUCCUGCCCCGGCACUUGAAACAGCUGACUCUACAUCACAACUGUAUAGAACGUAUCCCUGGCUACGUCUUUGCCCACAUGAAGCCAGGCCUGGAAUUCCUGCACCUCUCACACAAUGUCUUGCAGGAUGAUGGCAUCCAUGCAGUCUCCUUCUUGGGACUCUACCACUCACUGGCUGAACUGCUCCUGGACAAUAACCAGCUCCAGUCCAUUCCCCGUGGCAUUUUGAACUUAAAGGGCUUGCAAGUUCUGCGGCUGAGCCACAAUCGCAUCAGAAACAUCCCACUGAACUCUGUCUGUGACACGCGUGUGACAGAGGACUCCAACAUUGUGUCCAUGCAUCUGGAGAACAACCUGAUUGACCGCCGCCGCAUCCCACCCACAGCCUUCUCUUGCAUCAAAGCGUAUCACAGUGUGGUGCUGCGGCCACAGCAGAAUGAAGAUGAGGAUGACUACUAAAGAGACAAUACUACCAGGUCAUUCCCAACAUCUGUCAGAUGGCGAAGUAUGGUGGUAUGGGAAAUAAAGUAUUGAGGAAUUGGUAGUAGUUAAGGUAAAGGGUAAAGGUGUGGAAUCCAGAUAAUCCAGUUAAAGCAGAUAAUAUAAGAUUAUAUGGGUUAUAUAGCUGUGUGGAAGGGCCUUGAGUCUACACUGCCAUCUAAUCCAGUUAAAAUCUGAUAAUCUGUAUUUUAUAGGCAGUGUGGAAGAGGCCUAAGUGAGGCCUAACUCUGCCUGGCCCCUGGGAGAGUGGGUUGCUAGGAGACCAAGUGGGCGGAGCUUAGCCUUCUAACUGGCAGCAAUUGGAUAAAAACAAUUAUUCCUCUCCCUCUAAUUAGGACUUUAUUUUUCUUUUCGUUGUAUCAACCUAGAGGCAUGGAUGAUGGGUUGUGUUGUCAAUUUUCGAGGUUGUGGGGUGUUUAGUUUUGUUGUUUUGGCGGUCGCCAGGAUUCCAUCAUUCUUUUAUAUAUAUAGAUAAAAAAUUACAAUUUACAGAGUAAGGAAGGGAGGGAGAAGAAGACAAAGGGAGAGAAAAUAAGCUCAAGUGGCAACGGGAGAAGGAAGUGAUUUAUCAACACACAAUUGGUUGAUAAAAACUUAAAAUAGUGUAUAACUACUAAAAUAAUGUAUAAAUAUUAAAAUAAAUAUAGUGUUCCUACUUCGUGGAUUUUCACUUAUUGUGGGUUGUCCUGGAACCUAACCCACAUGAUAAGUGAGGGAACACUGUAUUUCUUUAGAUUUCUCUCCCUUCAAACAAGUGAGUAUGGUGGUAACUAGAAAGCAUGUGCCAGUACUCAGCAAAAGGUGCAAACAUUUCCAGAGAGAAGUAGAGUCUCACUUAUCCAAUGUUCUGGAUUAUCCAAUGCAUUUUUGUAGUAAAUGUUUUCAAUACAUCAUGAUAUUUUGGUGCUAAAUUCAUAAAUACAGUAAUUACUAUAUAGCAUUACUGUGUAUUGAACUACUUUUUCUGUCAAAUUUGUUGAUAACAUGAUCUUUUGGUGCUUAAUUUGAAAAAUCAUAACCUAUUUUGAUGUUUAAUAGGCUUUUCCUUAAUCCCUCCUUAUUAUCCAACAUAUUCGCUUAUCCAACAUUCUGCCGGCCCGUUUAUGUUGGAUAAGUGAGACUCUACUGUAUAUUUAAAGAAAAUGUUUAUAGUCCACCUAAAAGUAUGUGUAUGUAUAAAUGCCUUCAAGUUGCCUGUCAACCUAUUAAUUUCAUAAGUGUUUUAAAUGAAAAGAAUACCUAAAAGAUGGGUUUGCCAUUAGUCUUAUUCUCUGCAAUAGAUUUUCGUGUUGUAGCAAAACUAGAAUGUAUACCCUUCUAUUUUUCUGUGUACUUACAAUUUCAUAUAUUCCACAGUGUGUUCAUUUAGAUACUCAUCUGUCCCCACUCCGUCUUUCAUAAAUAGACAAUUCAUUUAAGAGGCUACUUUUAUGCUAUUAGCUGUUCCCACUGACAAGAGUUAUUUAGACAUAGAUGCAUUGCACAUGCUUCUCACUGACACAUUUUCAUUACUUCCAGCUGUUCCAGUUGAUUAAUGCUCUAUCAUAUACCUCUCUCCAGCUGCUUUUAAAAUGUUCCAGCUUUUCUGUCCUCCUCCCAUUUUGUCCCUGUCUUAUUUCUAUUGUGCAAACAGAUUUCUAGGUGCAAAAGUAGCUUUGCACUCAAACUGGGAGGGGAUGAGAGCAGUGGGGUGGAAUUAUGCCUUUCCCAGUAGGUUCAGACAAACACCAACUGCUGCAGCCUCUCCGAGCUUGAAAGUUUUUCUUCACGUAUGUUUACCAUCUUAACCACACUCUGAUGUUGUUUAACUCCCAAUAUUUGUCUGUGAAAUUAUCAAGGGUAUGUAUUUACCAUAUGUAGCUGUAUAUAUGAUUAUUCACCUCCACAUUUAACCAUCCAUCUACAAGUACAGAUGUACACUGCAUGGUGUGUGGUGUAUCUCUAUUUAGCCAUUAUCAAUGGAUGGGAAAAAGUGAUGGGGAAAGGAUAGCUCAAAGCUGCUUCGAACCUUCUUGUGAUGUGAUGAGAAAAUGUGGGGUAUAAAUAAACACAACAGACAUAAUAAUAGUAAUAAUACUCCUAUUGAUAGUCCCAACUAGCGAGAACUCAAUGCAUCAACAGAUAUACGUAAGUGUUGCUGAUUCACCCUUCAAGCGUAGUCGGGGGGGGGGGGGUGAGAUCAACCCCCCCGAAAUGUGUCAGGUUAAAACAAUCUGGUUUACUCAUAAGUAAAAACUGGUUUACUCAUAAAUAAACCAGGUUCGGCAGUGGGGUUGAACCCUUAUCCCCCCCCCCCCCCGACUAUAGCCUUUCCUUCAAUACAGUAGAGUCUCACUUAUCCAAGCCUCGCUUAUCCAAGCCUCUGGAUAAUCCAAGCCAUUUUUGUAGUCCAUGUUUUCAAUAUAUCAUGAUAUUUUGGUGCUAAAGUCGUAAAUACAGUAAUUACAACAUAACAUUACUGCGUAUUGAACUACUUUUUCUGUCAAAUUUAUUGUAUAACAUGAUGUUUUGGUGCUUAAUUUGUAAAAUCAUAACCUAAGGCUUUUCCUUAAUCCCUCCUUAUUAUCCAAGAUAUUCCCUUAUCCAAGCUUCUGCUGGCCCAUUUAGCUUGGAUAAGUGAGACUCUAGUCUGUAAUUGAUUCAGUGUGUCUACGGAGACUGGUAUUACCAAGGAUGUAAGGUGAUGUAUUUAUACUAUAUAGAACUUUUUUAAAAAUAUCAAGGAUUAAUUGAUUAAUUAAACUAUCUUUUGAGUAAGAGCUAAUCAACUCAAAUUUGACCUAUGUUUUAUUCCAGAAGGUGAUAUGAUCUUACUGUUUUUUUGUGAGUUAUUGGAAAUUCAAUAAAAUAUUUGAGCUGUCAGUGA